AACUUUCAGUGUGUCUCAUUUGAACACGGGAAACCACCAUCAGUCUCCUCUCACAUCAUCUCUGGCUUCACCUGCAGCAGCCGCUCCGUCGCCAUGACGCCCGCCGGCGUUAUUCACAAGGUUUUUCCAGCGGCGCUGGUCUGGUUCCUGCAGCUCCAGCCCUGCGCGCCGGAGAACGUCACCGCCACCACCCCGUACGACUACGACUACAACACCAGCACCGACUACGACGACUACCCUCAGCAGUGCGGCAAGGCGUCCAACAACCACUUCCGCCUGUGGUUCAUGCCGCUCUUCUUCUCCGCCAUCUGCCUGCUGGGGCUGGCGGGGAACCUGCUGGUCAUCGUCACCGUCUUCUACUUCCAGCGCCUGAAGACCAUGACGGACGUGUACCUGCUGAACCUGGCGGUGGCCGACCUGCUGCUGGCGCUGACGCUGCCGCUGCGGGCGGCCAGCUGCCUGGCGCGCUGGGCGCUGGGGCUCUUCCUCUGCAAGGCCAUGUACACCGUCUACAAGCUCAGCUUCUACAGCGGCAUGUUCCUGCUGUCGCUCAUCAGCGUCGACCGCUACUUCGCCGUGGCCAAGGCCGUAUCGUCGCACCGCCGCCGCACCGAGGCUGCGCUCUUCAGCAAGGUGUCUGCGGCGGCGGUGUGGGUGGCGGCGCUGGUCUUCUCCGUCCCGGAGAUGGUCUACACCAACACGGACAACGGCGACUGCGCGCCGUUCCCCCGGGGCAACAAAAGCCUGCUGGUCCGCGUGCAGUCGGGCCAGAUCGCGCUGGGCUUCGGGCUGCCGCUGCUCGUCAUGACCUUCUGCUACACCUGCAUCGUGCAGACGCUGUGCCAGGCGCGCAGCUUCGAGCGCAACAAGGCCAUCAAGGUGAUCCUGGCCGUGGUGGCCGUGUUCCUGCUGUCGCAGGUUCCCUACAACGCCGUCCUGUUCCUGAACACCGUCCUCGCCGCCACGGGGGACGUGGUCGACUGCGACGUGGACAACCGCCUGAUGUACGCCACCGACCUGACGCAGUGCCUGGCCUUCCUCCGGUGCUGCCUCAACCCCUUCGUCUACGCCUUCAUCGGCGUCAAGUUCCGCCACGACUUCAUGAAGCUGCUGAAGGACUUCGGCUGCCUGAGUCACGCCACGUUCUACCGCUACGCCUGGGGCCGCAGGCGGAGCUCGGCGGCCACCGACACCGAGAGCACCACCAACACCUUCUCUCCUUAGACCAACACCUUCUCUCCUUAGAGCAACUCCUUCUCUCCUUAGAGCAACACCUUCUCUCCUUAGAGCAACACCAUCUCUCCUUAGAGCAACACCUUCUCUCCUUAGAGCA